AUGGCCAACAGAGCAGAUAAUUUGGCCUUCGAUCCAUUCUCGCUAAACAGCCAGUACGCCUACACACCGCGGAAACUCAAAGUGUUCACCAUUGGUGCCGGAUUUUCAGGGCUAUUGAUCGCACAUAAGUUCCAGCAUCGCUUCCCAGAAAUGCAAGACAUAGUCGACCACACAAUCUUCGAGGCACAUUCGGAAGUCGGUGGAACCUGGCUCGUAAACAAUUAUCCUGGAGUCCAAUGUGAUGUCCCAGCGCAUAUAUAUGCUUUCCCAUUCGAUCCAAACCCGGAAUGGUCGCGAUUCUACGCCAGUGGGGAAGAAAUCUUAGCGUACUUCAAGCGUACUGUAAAGAAGUGGAACCUUGGUCGAGAUCUUCAACUGAACACUAAGGUAGUCGGGGCAAGGUGGCAAGAGAGCUUGGGCCAAUGGAAAGUAACAGUUGAACACCAAGGUAUACAAAGAGAUGAAUACUGCCACGUGUUAAUUUCGGGGCAAGGUGUGCUUGUUCAUGAGAACUGGCCGGACAUUCCCGGCCUCCGCUCGUUUAAAGGUCACAUCACACACUCCGCUCGCUGGGAUCACAAUUAUGAUUACUCCCAUAAACGCAUUGCUGUCGUUGGAAAUGGUUCUUCUGGCAUACAGAUCGUCCCUCAAAUGGCUAAGCUUCCAGGAACCGAGGUAACAAACUUCAUCCGCAGUGCGGCGUGGGUAUAUUACCGAGCGCCACCAUCAAAGCAUCUUGGCCGUGACGUUGACGAUCCAAACCCUGCGUAUACAGAGAAUGAGAAAGACCAGUUCAGGGACCCAGAGUACCACCAACAGUAUCGGAAAGGUAUUAUCUCAAGAACAAAUAAGAGCUUCUACAUCUUCAUGAAAGGCGAGAACAAUAAGGCAGGGAUAAAAGCCGCGAGUGAACAAAUGGCCGAGAAGCUAAACCAUAACCCUGAGCUUUGCGAGAAACUGAUUCCAAAGUGGGAAUUGGGAUGUCGAAGGAUCACUCCUGGACCAGGAUACCUGGAGUGCUUCUUAAGAUCUAAUUGCCAUCUCACGAACAGUUCUAUCACGAGGAUAUCGGAGAAUGCGGUGCACACGGCCGAUGGGAAAUCGUUUGAGUGCGACGUUGUUAUUUGCGCAACUGGAUUCGAUGUCUCCCACCGCCCUCGUUACCCGUUCAUCGGCAGAAACAGCAUAAAUCUUCGUGAAAAGUGGGAAGACGAGCCAGAGUCUUAUAUAUCAGUCAUGACACCUGACUUCCCAAACUAUUUCAUGAUGAUGGGUCCAAACUGCCUCGGAGGCCAUGGCUCGCUUGUUGAAUCACUGAAUUGGACCGGUGAUUAUUUCGUGAAGUGGAUCAAGAAGAUGGCAACUGAAGACAUCAAAUAUGUCAUGCCAAAGAGGGAGGUCGUGGAUGCGUUCAUGAAGUAUGGAGAUGAGAUCCACAAGACAUUAGUGUGGACCGGUGGAUGCAAGAGCUGGUAUAAAAGAAAUCGAGUCGAUGGGAGAGUAACGGCCUUGUUUGGUGGCAGUGCACAUUUGUUCAAUCGACUAUUGGGUGAUAUUCGGGGAGAAGAUUUCAGCAUCACCUAUAAUUCCGCAAACCCGUUCCGAUUUAUGGGUAAUGGUUUCACGCAGUAUGAGAUGGACGAGAGGAGCGAUCUUUCGUGGUAUGUUGAGGUAGCAGAGGAGCAUCAGGGCCGUGGACCUCCAAAGGAAGUUAUCAUAAACAAGAACGAGGCUGUGCUUUAA